AUGGAUACAGGCCGAGAACAUGGCGGGCACAACAGAACUGAUACUGGAGACACUGUCGACAGUGCUGCAACCACACUCCUAGGCAGCCCACACCCAAACAGUGAUCGCAAGUACGCCAGUAUAGACCAGGAAGUACGCAAGAGGCGGAAGAGUAUAGACAACCACGACGAUCGCGGGAAUGAAGAAGAUACAGCGGACGAGGAAGAGCACACAGCCCGCGAAGCAGUCGACGAUGGAGAGCCUCCACCGGGACCACCCACCAAGCAAGAGAAGCGGAAGGCCGUGGCAUGGAAAGACUUGCCAAAGAAAGGGCAGCUUGCAAUUCUAACGCUUGCAAGACUAAGCGAGCCUCUCACUCAGACGAGCCUACAGAGCUACAUGUUUUACCAGCUGAAGUCAUUCAAGACGGCCGAUGGCUCGACGCCUUCCGAUAGUAAAGUAUCGCAGCAAGCGGGUCUGCUCGCCGCUGCUUUCACUGGAGCUCAAUUCUGUACUGCUAUCCUGUGGGGUCGGCUAGCUGAUAGUGAAAAGUUGGGUAGAAAGAGGGUGAUUUUGGUCGGAUUGCUUGGAACUGCGAUUGGAGCCCUUGGGUUUGGCUUCAGUCAGUCCUUUGCGGUAGCCAUGUUCUGGCGCGCUGUCGGCGGCAUACUGAAUGGAAACAUUGGUGUCAUGCGAACGAUGAUUUCAGAAAUUGUCAAGGAAAAAAAGUACCAAGGUCGGGCGUUUCUUCUGCUCCCCAUGACGUUCAACAUUGGGGUGAUCAUUGGACCGCUUCUUGGAGGAGUUCUUGCUGAUCCUGCUGGAUCCUAUCCCAAACUCUUCGGACCUGGGAGCACAUUCGGCGGGGAGCACGGAGUUCCACUGUUCAUGCGCUUCCCGUAUGCGUUACCGAAUAUCGUCAAUGCAACAUUCCUCCUUGCGAGCGCUCUAGCCCUUGUACUAGGCCUGGAAGAAACGCUCGAUACGUUGAAAGGCAAGAAGGAUUACGGACUAAGACUGGGCAAGCUCAUUGCAAGGGUCGUCUUCCGGCGACGAUCGAAUCAGGACUACACACCUCUCCAAGACUCGGAGCAUUCACAGGACAUUGAGCGCCGAUCUGCGUCCAUGUCGAAACCGAAGCCUAGACAAAAGCUGCCUUUCCGUCGCAUCUGGACCCGCAAUGUUCUCCUUACAUUUCUUUCACACGGUCUCCUCGCGAUGCAUGUUGGGACGUUCAACAAUCUCUGGUUUGUGUUCCUCUCCACGCCUCGGUAUUCGCCCGAUUCCAAUGGCUCCAAUAACCUGCCUCUUCCAGAAGGCUAUAAGCCACAUCCUCCUUUCACCUUCACUGGGGGUCUCGCCCUGCCGCCGCCGGCGAUUGGUAUGGCUCUCGCCAUUCUAGGAGUUCUCGGCAUCUCACUGCAACUGCUCAUCUAUCCUCGCGUCCAAUUCCGUCUCGGCACCAUCACGGCUUACCGACUGUCGCUUCUGCUGUUUCCCAUAUGUUACUUCCUGGCCCCAUUCCUUGCGGUCAUCCCUAGUACACUGCCAGCCCCUCAUCAAGCUGCUGGUGCGGCGAUUUGGAUCGCAAUCACAUUCGUACUGGUAUUCCAAGUCACGGCUCGCACUUUCGCCUUACCUAGUGCAGCUAUCCUAGUCAACAACUGCUGUCCGCAUCCUAGUGUUUUAGCGAGCAUUCAUGGAAUCGGACAGUCUGUCUCAUCGUUGACGAGAACGAUCGGUCCAGUGAUGGCUGGCUGGGCGUAUGGGUCAGGAUUGAAUGCAGGGGUUGUCGGGCUCGCCUGGUGGGUAAUGUGCGGUAUUUCGAUUGUCGGCGCUGUCGCUGGCACUUGGGUGAAGGAGGGUGAUGGCCAUGAAAUUUGGUUGGAAGGCGAAAAGGAAGAAGAGGACAGUAGCAAGGGAUAG